AUGGGAGGAUUUGUGAAGACAAACAACAAGGGCGACACGCAACAACAUGCCGCCGCCGCCGCCUCCGCUGCCUACGGGGCCGGCGGCAGGAAAAAAUUCUGCUGCGGGUGCUGCAGAGUGAGAACGCUUGAUACGGUCGCAACUUCGCGGGUAGUGUCCGCGAGAUCACUUCUGGUCUUUCGCGUUGGGGUGCUCCUCGUUCUCGUGGUCGCUGGGACCUGGCUGACCUGGAGGACCCGCGACAAGCCGCUGUGCCUGCCGGACUGGAGCUUCGUUGCGGCAAUCCUGUACUUCGUCGUGGCCGUCGCAGCAUGUCUCCGAUAUGCACAUCUCGCUCGUUGGAACCCCGCGCCAGAGUCGGCGAACAGCAGCUUGGCGAGCUCGUUUGCUUUAUUGGUGCUGGAGAUCUCGGUGGUCUUCCAGACCAUCGCCGUAAUUAUCACUUGGCUCGAAUACGCUCGAGACGAUGAGGGGCAAGGGCGUGCCGUAGUAAGCUCGAUCGGGCUGGGAGUGCUCCUGGCGGAUUUAGUUGUUAACCAGUGCACGGUGGAGGCGAAGCACGCGUGGGUUUUGCUCGCCUUCCUGUUGGCUUGGGUGGUCGAACAGGUGGCUUGGGUGUCAGCGGACUCCGAGCACGAGGCCUGUUACGAGGUGUUCGACGCUGAGGGGCUGAACAACGCAUUAUCGGCCGUGGUCGCUUCGCUCGUUGUUGUCGCUUUGGCGUUCGCGUACGCCGCGCUGUGCGUCCAGCGCGACCGUCUCCUGUCCCGGUUCGGGUUCGGCCCCGGCCCGGACCGCGCGCGGCAGGACGACGUGGAGGAAGACCUCGGCGACGAGGCGGCCGUGACGCGGGUCAUGACCCUGCCCCCAAUGACCCAGCCGGUCCCGGCGCCGCUGGCGUCGGAGCGCUCGUACGUGGUCAACCCGGUCUUCGCCGGCAAGGGCUCGAGGAUGAAGCGCAACCCCUUGCCGCACGGCGUGAAGCGCAGCGGCAGCAGCGGCGGGGGGGGCGAGCGGCGAACGUCGCUCGCGUCCAUGGAGACGGACAUGUCGUCCGGGGAAGAUCACGAGGCGGGGUGGCCGCUGGACGGGGACGUUAAGAACUCGGGCGCCGCCGGCAGCAGGCACUCGAGAGGGUCGUCCGCGGACGCCGGCAUGCCGAACCACCUCUCUUCUUGGGCCGGCUACGGGGGCGGCGGAGCGGCGGCCUGGGUGCGCUCGGGGCGAGAGGCCCCGCCACCAUUAGUUGUGCGGAGUGGUGGCAAGGAAAGCCAUCGGCGGACGAAUUCCAAGUAGGAAGGUUGGGGGCAGAAAACACACGUUUAUUUACUCAUUUUUUGUUCGCUCUUUCGUAUGGUACAUAAUUUUGGUCGAUGUUGCGGGAGGGCGGCCGGCAGGUCUUUGUAUGUAAAUGCCAAGAAUACCUGCUCACUGGCGUUUCCUGUUGGGGUAUGGUCGUCGCUUUCGCGUGCGAGGUUGAUUGGUCACCGCUUCUGACGACUCGACUCGUCUGCUGUAGGCGACUGUGUCACAUGGCGCGCGUAAUUUCUGGCUGUUGUCGAGAACCGACGUCUGCGUUGGUACCUGCUGUGGACACGAGGGGAAGGUUACCCAUUCUUGAAGUCUCCCCACAAAGCGUUGGGGGGAAACGCGUUGAGGAGGGUACUAAGCGUUCGGCACGCACCAGAAUGCCUCCUUCUUGUUUCUAACUUUGCAUGUUGAAUAACAGCCCCAAGAGUCUGCAGGCACCAAUGGGUACAGACGUGCACGAGUCGACCCACUCCUCCUCGUGUGCUUUCAUCUAGCUCACGCCGCAGGUAGGUCUUGUGGUUCUUCUAUGUUGGGACUUUGUGCCUAUCCUAUCCUUCAUUUGGUCUUUCUGGAACUCCGGUAGUGAAGAGUGUAUCAGAUUUUGUUUUUCGGGAUUUAGUGGUACUCCGGUUAUUUUUUUAGUUUUUUUGGUAUUGUGUACUUG